GAAUCCCCGGAAAGCUUAAAAGACUUGUCUGUCGCCAGAGUUACGACGGCAGUCCCACAGUGGGGUAACUGCAACCAAGCUCCUGACCUGUCUCCUUCUCCUGAGGAACGCAAUAGGGAUGGUAGCCCUGGUCUCCGGGAUCACCCCGGUCGAUUCGGCCGGCAGAUCCUGUCUCCUGUGCUCGGUCUGCCGCUUUCUGCUCAUCAAACCCAAACAGACCGAGUGUGGACACCGAUAUUGCACAGCCUGCCUGGAGAACUUGUUCAAAACAGAUAAUGAGGCAGACUGCCAUGUUUGUCAGCAGAAGGUCUUCCGUUCUAAGGUCUAUCGCGACAGAGCCGCUGAAAAUGAUGCUUAUGCCACAAAGAUUCAAUGUACAGCUUACCGGGAUGGUUGCGACUGGACAGGAACACUGCGAAACUACCUGCGCACACACCGAGCCCAGUGCGACUUCCACGUGGUCCCGUGCUCCAAUGUCGCGUUCGGCUGCGAGACCGUGGGCCCCAGGAAGAAGAUGCUAGCACACGAGACGCAGGAGUGCGAGUGGAGGAUGGAACUGUGUCCCCGGUGUGAGACCUUCUGCACUCACAAGCUGCUGGAGGAUCACAUCACGAUGUGUACCAAACGGAAGGAGACUUGUCCAGUCUGUGGCAAGACAGAUUUAACAAAGGCUGAGUUGGAGGAACACUGUGACCCUGAUCGUGGCACCUGUCCUGAUGCCCAGGUCUCCUGCCCCUUUAAGGACAUUGGCUGCCUGGAGAAUCCUCGGAGGCGGGACGUGGACGACCACCUGCAGGCCGGGCAGCCGGAGCACCUCCUGCUGAUGCUGAAGAGGAGAGGCGGGCCGCCGGUCGAGGGGGGCGCCUCGGCUCCAGCCUCGGAGGAGCUGAGCGCCCUGGGGCGGAAGGCGGACGCCCUGAGCCGCGAGCUGGAGCGGUACGCCCACCUGGUGGAGGCGCUGCAGCGUCGCUGCCUGCAUUCGGAGCAGCUGGUGGCGGGCCUGCAGCGCCGGGUGCGGGCGCUGGAGGGAGCCCGCGAGCAGCCCGCCAGCACCAAUGGAAUUCUCCUGUGGAAGAUCCGGGAUUUUGCCUCCUGCCUGGCGGCGGCCAGGGCCGAGCGGGUGACGUCAUUCUACUCUCCCGCCUUCCAAACGCACCCUUUCGGCUACCGCCUGUGCUGCCGCCUCUACCCGAACGGCGACGGCAACGGCCGGGGCAGCCACCUCUCCCUCUUCCUGGCCGUGGUGCGCGGCGACUACGACGACGUGCUGCCCUGGCCGUUCCGCCAGCGGGUCACCUUUCUGCUGCUGGACCAGGCGCAGCAGAAGCACCACCUGCGGGAGUCCUUCGCGCCGGACGCGCUGAGCGGCUCCUUCCAGAAGCCGCAGAGCCGCAUGAACGUGGCGAGCGGCUGCCCCACCUUCGCCCGGCACGAGAUGCUGCACCGGGAUCGCAGCCCUUACCUGCGGGACGACACCCUCUACAUCAAGGUGGUGGUGGACACGACGGGGCUGGUGCCCUGAGGGUUGCUCACCUCUCUCCACCAGCCGUCCCCACCACCACCAGGGGGCCUUCCUUCCACCCACCCCUAUUCCCACCACCAGGGGACCUUCCUUCCCACCCACCCCUAUUCCCACCACCAGGGGGCCUUCCUUCCCACCCACCCCUAUUCCCACCACCAGGGGGCCUUCCUUCCCACCCACCCCUAUUCCCACCACCAGGGGACCUUCCUUCCCACCCACCCCUAUUCCCACCACCAGGGGACCUUCCUUCCAACCCACUCCUAUUCCCACCACCAGGGGACUGUCACUCUCCACCUUCCUUCCCACCCACCCUUUUCUCCACCUCCAGGGGGACAGUCCCUCUCCACCUUUCUUCCCCUCCCCCCCCAUCCCUUCUUGGUUUUACCUGGAUUGAAUCCUCCUUCUGGUCGUCCUUAGCUGAGGAAACAUGUGCCCAGGCUGGGAGGGAGAGCAACAUAUGUCUCCCAAAUUGAUUUCUGGGACUGGCCGGCAUGGUGAGGAGAGACUGGAUGGGUUGGGACUGGUGUCCCCUGGAGUUUAGAGCAACUGAGUGGGGAAUCUCGCAGGACCCCGUAGAUUGAACUACACAGGGCUAGUGCUGCUCUGGAUUAUUAGGAACUCAGAGACUGGGAUUACGGUUCAAAAAUACAGGUUGGGGGUGGGGUGGAGGUACAGGUGGUAUAAGCUCUUUCGGACUGAGCUGAGGCAAAUGCCUUCACCCAGAGAGUGGUGAGCCUGUGGCAUUCCCCAUGGUGGAAAGCAGUUGAAGCCAAAACAUUGAGUAUCUCUGAGGUGGAGUUAGAUAACAUUCUUAAGGCUAAUGGGAUUGAAGGGUGAUCAGUCGUGAUCCUAUUGAUUAGCAGAACAAGCUCGAAAGGCCAAUCUUUCAGAGCCCCACAUUUGCCACAUUGAGUAAGGAUGGCAGAUUCCCUUCUCAAUAAGCAAACCAGAUGGGAAGUUUGUGUUUGUUUGAUUACCAUGACUGGAAAUCACUUUCAAUUCGGGACUCUUAAUUUAUUACAUUUCUAAUUCCACCAGCUGCCAUUUAUACCCGUGUACCCAGAGUACUUCCUCUCUGGAUUUGCCAGUCUCAUGACACUGCUGUCUCCUCUCCUGGUUUUGUAAUUGGCCAAUGUGCCUCCACCCUGCAUAGCACUAAUCCCCUAAUUUUUUUGUCCCUUCUGCAGCUUUUGCAACAUUAGAAUUUGACUGGCAGGGGAGAAGCCGAGUCAUGUCCUCACGACACAGGCAGAAUUCUGACUGUGCAUCCCUUCCCAUUUUCCAACCCUGAAUCCCAUGGGACAAAACAGGAAUGACUGAGGAGUCAGAGGAGAGUAGUUUUAAACUCUGCUGAUGCAGCAUGCUUCAC